UGAUGGAAAUAUAAAACAUAGUAUAUAAAAAAGCGUUAAACAGCUAUUUUAUCGUUCGUCUUAAACUUAAGGCACGGUACUGUAGUAAUAAAUCACAGAGUUUUAUACCAAUAAACCACCGGUGAUCUGACUGACUGUAGGCUUACCUCUAGAUGUCUGUGACGAUAAACUGACUGACUGUAGACCUACCUCUAGAUGUAAAUGUGACUGUCGAUUGAUUUAUCUUCUGAAUAUGCACUAGAUGGCCGAGUGAAGUGAUGUCCUACAGCCUCGUAGAUAUAUGUACGUGUGCCCGCGAUAGAUAAUUUAACAGUGUGUUUACAAACUGGACAAAAUUACUUGAAUUGAAUAACAUGGUGUUUGUGUUUUUUCCCCGUGUACAACUGUUGGCAAUACUGACCGCUGUUUUGAGACUUCCAGCAUUCUUUAUCUUGGAAUCCUGCUUCCUGUUUGGUUCUCAAUCCACGCUGUUCCAGCAAGCUGCCGCCGCUAUCACAGCACUCUCCCUGGCGGUAGUGAUGACACUGUCACGGCGAGCUCAUCUAUUUCUGCUGUACAGAUUCUUGGCUGCAGUAUUCAGUGUGGUAUCUGCUAAAUACGUCAUGGAUUCGGCGGUUGAUGCCAUGGAAACCAACAACAUGGUUCUAAUUAUGAAGACUUUUGCUAUUUAUUGCGUUCUUGCACAAUUCACGGCCUACUUAUUGAAAGUACAAAUGUCAAACAUUUCGUUCCUUAUAGUGUAUUCACUUCCGGUCAUAACAAGAUAUAUCGUGCUCCGUUUCCCAUUUGGUCACGUGCAGUAUUUGGCUGAAGGACUGUCAACAUGUCACUUCAUCUACCUCGUGCUGAGUGCGGUUAACACUGCUAUGGGGAGACUGUCAAAAUACCUCACCCGGUGGAAUGGUUUAGUGCAGUUUUCCGAGUUGCACCCCGAUUUGAGGACCAUUUCCCAUCAGCUUGUGUUAUUUUGGCUGGUUUCCUUUACUUACAAUGUAGUUUACUACACCACUCAAACCACUGAUGAACACUUUCUGUAUCUGUCUCAGAUGGACUGGGUGACAUUUGUGUGUGCGUGUGCUGGGGAGUGUUGCAGGACCCCUGUUGGUCUUGUUGCUACGUGUGUCGCGGUCUUCUACGCUUUUCGUUACUUGUAUGACUGGGGGUACUCUCUCACUAGAAAUGAUGAUUUAGACAACUGGCUGGAGGAACAUGAGUUAGUCAUGCAUCUGAUCUGCAUCGGGUUCGGGAAUCUGGCAUUAAAUCAAACCACGAAACAUCUAGAUCUCAAACACGGAGCCUUCAUCAUGAAAAUCACAAUUCUCUUCGCGGCGGCCAUCUUCCUAAAUUGUAUCUUCGGAAUGAUAGACCCAGUGCUCUUGACAUUCAGUGCAUUACCUACCACAAAGCCAUCCAAACACAUCCGGGCACUCUUCAUCUACAUUUUUCUCGCGGCCUCUUCAUUGUUUGUUGUAUACAUGGUAUGUCAGAUGGUUUCUAUAUCCGCGACUUUCCCAGUGACAAUCCUGUGUUUAUCUACUAGUCUUCAAGUGCUGGCCUCCGUUACCACCUACGUUUUGUACAUGUGCGAUUGCGCCUCAUCACACCCCAUCGAGAACCUGGAUGAUAUAGUCUCCUACAUCCAGUCUACGGUCAGGACUCUCGACUUUAUAGGAUUCGCAUUUCUAGCAUGUACAGGAAUGUGGGUUAUAAAAACAGAGCAAUUAAGCUGGAUUCAGACCGUCCUUAUUCUGCAGUGCUACAGCAACGUUUGGAAACGGUUACAAAAUGGCUGGAAAAAUUUUCUGUUGUGGAGGCACACGAAAAAGAUCGAUUCCUUUGCAACUGCUUCCAAGUCAGAAAUAAGCGCACAUGACGAUGUAUGUUCUAUUUGCCGUCAAUCCAUGUCGUCUGCCAUAGUUACUCCAUGUGGUCACCUUUUUCAUAGAACAUGUCUAAAGAAAUGUAUGGACAUUAAAGACUCUUGUCCACUCUGUUCUCGCAAACUCAACGUUAGCUAGAAGAAUGACUUCUCUCGAUAUUGUCCAUACACAAUGUCAUGUCUCUCACUGCAUCAGGCAUUCACUUCGGGUUUGUUUGUGGGGGGUUCUACCUAGCAGGAUAGCACGUGACCGUACACGAUUGAAUGUCCCUCUCGAGAAUUUUUCACUCAUAUAGAGACGUCACCAUUGCCGGUGAAGGGCUGCAAAAUUUAGGUCUAUCCUCGGCGCUUAAGGUUUUUGAGCAGGGAGUGACCUUUAUCGUGCCACACCUGCUGUGACACGGGACCUGGGGUUUUACGGUCUCAUCCAAAGGACCGUCCCAUUUAGUCGCCUCUUUCGACAAGCAAGGGGUACUAACCCGGAUCUCCAUGGGGACCGUACACAUGAAGGAAAAGUCAGCUUGCGCAUGCACAUGUACAUGUUUAUAGGGAUCGGUAGAAACAAUUGUCAAGAGAAUAUUUAAAAAAAAAUGUUCUCGGUGGUUUGUGAAACACAUUUUUCGAGUUCUUAAUAAAAAAAUAAAAUAAAUCCCAA